AUGGGGUAUGAUAGCCUCUUUGACCAAGCAAAUUCUAAUGCUCGAGAAGGACGAGUAAUGAUUUUCAAUCUGGUGGAGGCUGCUCAAGAGUUCCUCUCUGAAUUAGCUCCAGUGGGUCCAGCACCUGGAACUGUUUUGUGCUCAAUCAUCAAUAGCAGCAGUCAGUUAUUUCAGAAGGACACUGCAGUUUCUAGUAACAAGAGCAGCUCAUCCAGGGGACCUUUUGUUUAUGGUUUCAUAGACCUCUUUAGUGGCUGUGGAGAGUCAUGGCAUUGGGGUCUUGCUGUGGAUGAAGUAAAAUCUCAUGUGUCAGACAAUUCAGACGUUGGACAUGAGGUACUGGAGAAGAAACUUGAUAAGAUUGCAAAGCCAUUGGCAGUCCAAGAGGCAAAGCAAGGUCCAUUGAUUUCCCCCGUUGCCAAGUUGGAUACCCUUGAAGAAGAAAGUGAAGAUGAAAAUAAGGGCCUAUCUACUACUAAUUCAAGUAGAUCUCUAGUGGAGGAAUUGGCAGGAAUUGACAUGAAAGGGGAGAAGCAGGUUAUUUUUCUUGAGAAGCAUGACUAUGGAUCAGAAGAUGAUGACGACGAGGAUGAGGAUGAUGGUGACAAUGAGGACGAUGAUGAAGAUUUUGAAAGUGAGAAUUGGGAGUCACUGUCAUCGAAUUUCUUAGGGUUUAAUCUAGCAUCUCAAACUAUUGAAAAGGAUCUAAUAAUGGUUCAUCUUCUUCGUCUUGCUUGUGCCUCAAAAGGAGAAUUGGCUGAUGCUCUGCCUCAAAUAACCACUGAACUCUGCAACUUAGGUAUAAUUUCGGAGUCAGCACGAGAUUUAGCUUCUAAACCAUCCUCAACCUUUAACAAGACCUUUGAUCAUGUUUUCCAUCAACAUACGGUUUCAUCUAGAGUAUCUCAAUUUUGGAAACCUACUUCUGAUUUAGGAGGGGCUAGUGCAUCUCUCCCAAGUUCUCGGUAUCUGAAUGACUUUGAAGAGCUGCAACCCCUUGGUCAUGGUGGUUUUGGCCAUGUUGUAUUAUGCAAAAAUAAGCUAGAUGGAAGACAGUAUGCGAUGAAGAAAAUUCGCCUCAAGGACAAAACCCUACCUGUCAAUGACCGAAUCUUGAGGGAAGUAGCCACUCUUUCACGCUUGCAGCAUCAGCAUGUUGUCCGAUACUAUCAGGCAUGGUUUGAAACAGGAGUUGUUGAUUCUUUCGGUGACUCUACUUGGGGUUCUGGUACUGUAGCAAGCUCCACGUUCAGCUACAAGGGUGCAAGCUCAGUUGAUGUUGGCCAAGAGAACAAGCUCGAAUCAACGUAUCUGUACAUUCAAAUGGAAUUCUGCCCCAGGACUCUCCGCCAGGUUUUUGAAUCAUAUAACCAUUUUGACAAAGACUCGGCAUGGCAUUUAUUUCACCAAAUUGUGGAAGGCUUGGCACAUAUACACGCACAAGGAAUCAUUCAUCGAGACUUGACGCCUAAUAACAUAUUUUUUGAUGCUCGGAACGAUAUUAAAAUCGGAGAUUUUGGUCUUGCUAAGUUCUUGAAAUUGGAGCAGCUGGAUCUUGAUGCAGCUUUACCUACCGAUACAGCUGGAGUUUCAAUUGAUGGUACUGGUCAAGUUGGAACCUACUUUUAUACUGCUCCUGAAAUUGAGCAAGGAUGGCCAAAGAUUGAUGAAAAGGCUGACAUGUACAGCUUAGGAAUUGUGUUUUUUGAGCUUUGGCAUCCUUUUGGGACAGCUAUGGAGAGACACAUUAUUCUAUCUGAUCUGAAACAAAAGGGAGAGCUUCCUCCUUCAUGGGUUGCUCAAUUUCCAGAGCAAGCAUCCUUGUUGCGGCGCUUAAUGUCUCCAAGUCCAUCAGAUCGUCCAUCUGCCACAGAUCUUCUAAAGCACGCAUUUCCUCCAAGAAUGGAAUCUGAGUUGUUAGAUAAUAUGCUAAGAACAAUGCAAACUUCUGAGGACAGAAGUGUGUAUGAUAAAGUUGUGAAUGCUAUCUUUGAUGAAGAGAUGUUAAGCCUGAAAAACCACCAUCAACACGCUGUUAGAUUGAGGAUUGGCAGAGAUGAUACUGCCUCCAUACAGUUUGCGGAUUUAGACACUGAGCUCCGUGAUUGUGUUGUUGAGAUUGUUAGGGAAGUGUUCAAGCAACAUUGUGCAAAGCAUCUGGAAAUAAUACCCGUGCGCUUAUUGGAUGAUUCCCUACAAUUUAACAGGAACACUGUCAAACUUUUGACCCAUGGAGGAGAUUUGCUCGAACUUUGUCAUGAGCUGCGUCUGCCUUUUGUUAGAUGGCUUAUUGCAAACCAGAAAUCGUCUUUCAAACGAUAUGAAAUAUCAUCUGUUUAUAGAAGAGCAAUUGGUCAUUCACCCCCAAAUAGCUAUCUCCAGGGAGAUUUUGACAUCAUUGGAGGUGCAUCAGCACUGACAGAGGCAGAGGCUAUUAAGGUUACAAUGGACAUUGUAACUCACUUCUUUCUCCCAGAUUCUUGUGAUAUUCAUCUAAAUCACGGGUAUGUCAAAUAUGACCUCACAGAUGCUUUCUUUCAAAUGAAGCUUCUUUCUCUGAUGGGCUCUUUGCGCCCCCAAUCCUCUGAACGGAAGUUGAAAUGGGGAGUAAUUAGGCGUCAGCUUUUGCAGGAAUUAAAUUUAGCAGAAGCUGUUGUGAAUAGGUUGCAAACUGUUGGUUUGAGGUUCUGCGGAGCUGCAGACCAGGCCCUUCCUCGGUUAAGGGGAGCUCUACCAGCUGAUAAUCGAAUCCGGAAGGCACUUGAUGAGCUGUCGAACCUCUUUAUCCAUUUGAGGGUUUGGAAGAUAGAGAACCACGUUGAGAAUGCAUAUAACCAUUUUGGUGGAGAGGAGUUGUUCAAUGAACAAUUGAUAGAGGGAGAAAGGGAAGAGUUGAGUGAAGCAAGGAAACAAAGAGCUGGUGGUGGCAACACCCAUUACCCUUAUCCUCACACGUUUCCGUGUAUCAAGCUUAUCCUGCAGAGUAAGACUUACCCUAAAUUCAAGGAUACCUGGAGCCACUCUAGGCCGGGGCACAUAUAUUUAAUGAAGGAGAACAAUCCUGGCUCACUUAAUGAAGGCGCAUUGCUUGCUAUUGGUGGUCGCUAUGACUAUUUGCUGCAUCAAAUGUGGGAUCAUGAAUAUAGAGCUAGCCCUCCCGGUGCUGUUGGCGCCAGCCUUGCAUUAGAGACUAUUAUUCAGUAUUCUCCUGGAGAGUUCAAACCUAUGAGAAAUGAAGCUGCCACCACUGUUCUUGUUUGUUCAAGAGGAGGAGGAGGUUUAUUGGUUGAGCGCAUGGAAUUAGUUGCUGAAUUAUGGGAGGAGAAUAUCAAGGCGGAGUUUGUCCCACUUCCCGAUCCAAGCCUUACAGAGCAGUAUGAAUAUGCAAGUGAGCAUGAUAUAAGAUGCCUCGUCAUAGUAACAGAUGCGGGGGUGUCACAAACAGGUGUUGUCAAGGUUCGUCAUAUUGAACUUAAGAAGGAGAAGGAGGUUGGAAGAGAAAACCUUGUCAAGUUUCUGUUGGAUGCGAUGGCAACACAGUUUAGAAACCCGUCAGUUUGGAAUUAG